AGUUGUGUCUACUUCUGAUGAAGUCAUGUUCCUGUAACAUUUGCUGCAUGCUGAGAAACCAAAUGACUGAACCACAGAGUUUCGAAACCAUCUUUGACUGAACUGUGUUCUUGCUCUACAUAGACAUUUGAUUAUCGUACAAAUACUGUAAUUAAUUUGCCAUUCAAGCUGUAUUAUGUUGCCCCUGAAGGAGAAAGAUAGACCAAUAGUGAAGAAGCUGCUGGAAGCUGGAUGCUGUGCCCGCUGUGUCCUGAGGUUCUGCUGCUUGGGGGUGCAGUCAGCCUACCGCCAGUCUUAUGAGGAUACAGCAAAGGAGCUUUGUGCUUUCAUCAGUGAUUCAGAGAAUAACAAAUCCCAAAAUGCAGCCGUGCUGGAGCAGCACACAGAAGACCCCCCUCGUAAAAAAAUUAAGAUGGAUGCGGCGGAGACGGACGUCCAAUCAGAAGGCGACUCUGCCGUGGUUCCCGCGGUGAUGGAGGAAGGCGACGCCAAGCCAGCGGACUCGGACGUGUGUGCGGUGUGCCUGGGAGUUCUACAGGAGUUCUGUGAUGAAGCCUAUGCCAUAAAGCACUCUUGUUGGCUGCAUGUAAAGAAGGAAGUGAGGGAGAAGUCUAUAUGCCUCGAUAAGGAUGAUGUCAUCCAGGUGAAGGAGGCCUUCAAGUGGACCAUGCAGGGUCUGAUGUCCAAAGAGCUUGGUGGCGUACCUGUGGUGACCAAGAUCAGUCGACAAACUGAACAGUUUGAGGUGGGCGUGGGUUUCACACAUCCAGAGACGGACUCAGACUGCCACUUCCUGGCUGACAUCUGUUCAGACUGCUUCAGACCAACUAAGAACAAACAGAAUGUCUUCACUAGAAUGGCCGUGGUCAAAGCCCUCGAGAAGGUUUCCAAUGAGAAGUUUCUAAAAAAGUUCCCCUGUCCCCCUACACGGCCAGCGAGGAAAUGCAUUGCUCAAGAGGUCCAGUGUCUUCACGUUUCUGUAUUUGUGGCGGGGAGGUACAACAAGUUCUCCCGCACCCUGCCACAGACCCCCUGGGUGAUUGACGGAGAGAGGAGGAUGGAGUCGUCGGUGGAGGAGCUAAUCGCCGCACCCCUCUUCUCCUCUUUCCGGGCUGAGGGGUUUAAUUUCUCCUCCUCAGGGAGGGAGGACGUGGAUGUGCGGACGCUUGGAAAUGGUCGUCCGUUUGCACUGGAGCUGCUAAAUCCUCACAGAGCCAGGUUCAAUAAGGCAGAGGUCCGACAGCUGCAGGAGACCAUCAACCAGUCCUCAGACAAAAUCAGAGUACGAGAUCUACAGAUUGUAAGCAGAGAUGCUAUGGGCCACAUGAAGGAGGGUGAGGAGGACAAGACCAAGUCGUACACCGCCCUCAUAUGGACCCAGAAAGCUAUCAACAAAGACGACAUCACGUUCUUAGAGGAAACCAAGGAGUUGAAGCUAGCUCAGAAGACGCCGCUAAGAGUGUUGCAUCGCAGGCCGCUGGCCGUCAGGGAGCGCGUCAUCCACACCAUGAGUACAUGCUUCCUGGACACGCAUCACUUCCACCUGAAGCUGCUCACGCAGGCAGGGACUUACAUCAAGGAGUUUGUCCACGGAGACUUUGGUCGCACCAAGCCCAAUCUGUGUGAUCUGCUGAAGACUGAGACGGAUAUCCUAGAGCUGGACGUUGAUUCUGUAGAUGUGGACUGGCCACCCUCCAUCCCGGAGUGAGCCUCGUCUCACUGAUGCUGUUGAGGAUGCCAAAAGGAGCCCUAGUUCUUUCUGAUGGGCCAUACCGUCACCUAUUGGGCUCCGUUCCACUGAUGUCUAGAUGAUAUGGAUAGUGUCAAUAUAUUUGUUUUUCUUUCAAUAGAUUAUGUUGAAAUGACUGAAUCUGUACAGCACGUGCGCUGAGCUGAGGCCUGGAACUGAUCUUAGAUAUACAUGUCUUUGAGAGCCGUAGCAGGGACUGGGUGUGAAUGGCACCGCUGACGGAAAGAACUACAAUCCAAGUUAAUUGCACUCACCUGGUGUCCCAAGUCUGAAUUAGUCUCCUAUUAGGAGACGAUGAAAACCAGAAGUGUUUCGGCCCUCCAGGACAGACAUUGAACAGCCCUUCUAUAGAGCAUAGGGGUAGUAUAUGGUCAGUAUUUUGUGUGUUUUUCCCUCAAUUGAUUUAGAGGUUUAUGUUCAGCCUUAAAAUAAAUUGUUUACCUGUGGAUUGUCCCGUAGGCAAAAGGAGA